UUUUUUCGUCGAGCAGCCGCGCUUUUUGGCUGAGGAAGGAAGAAGAGAGACGCCAUGGGAAGAAGACCUGCGAGGUGUUACCGUCAGAUCAAGGGUAAGCCAUACCCAAAAUCUCGCUACUGUCGUGGUGUGCCAGAUCCAAAAAUCAGGAUCUACGAUGUUGGAAUGAAGAGGAAAGGUGUUGAUGAAUUCCCAUUCUGUGUCCAUUUGGUAUCAUGGGAGAAGGAGAAUGUGUCAAGUGAAGCACUUGAAGCUGCACGUAUUGCUUGCAACAAGUAUAUGGUGAAAUCUGCAGGGAAAGAUGCUUUUCAUUUGAGGAUUAGGGUUCAUCCUUUCCAUGUUCUCAGGAUUAACAAGAUGCUUUCGUGUGCUGGAGCUGAUAGGCUUCAGACUGGUAUGAGAGGUGCUUUUGGUAAAGCUUUGGGUACUUGUGCUCGUGUUGCUAUUGGACAGGUUCUUUUGUCUGUUCGUUGCAAGGAUGCUCAUGGUCACCAUGCUCAGGAGGCUCUUCGUCGUGCUAAGUUCAAGUUCCCUGGUCGUCAAAAGAUUAUUGUCAGCAGGAAAUGGGGUUUCACGAAGUUUAACAGAGCUGACUUCACCAAGUUGAGGCAAGAGAAGCGUGUUGUUCCUGAUGGUGUCAACGCUAAGUUCCUCUCAUGUCAUGGACCUUUGGCUAACCGUCAGCCGGGAAGUGCCUUUUUGCCAGCCCACUACUGAAGAGUAUCAGAACUGAAGUCCUUUCUCAUUCCGGUGAAGAGGAAUUAUAAUCAUUCUGAAACUUUUUACUUAUCGUUAUCUCUGGUGGUUUUUUAAGUUUUUAGUUGGACACAAUCAGUAUUCUGAAUCUUUUGUGACUCUUUUGUUUAAGCUUUGAAAUGAUAUUGUUCCUUCGUUGUUGGCCAAUAUACCUUUCAUUUGCAA